UCCCAUGUGACACAGGGCGUGAUCCUGUCCUCUUUCUACUGGGGAUACGUCAUCACGCAGAUCCCAGGAGCACUGAUCGCCGAAACAUUCGGCGGCAAGCACACGCUCGGCUUGGGCAUCGUAUCCACGGCAGUGCUCACGUGCUUGAUCCCAAUGGCCACGCGCUUCGGCGACGCUCCGGCCCUCAUCGCCCUCCGGGUUCUCAUGGGACUCUGCGAGGGCGUGACCCUCCCCGCGUUAAACGUGCUCAUAUCCCAGUGGACGCCCCCCGACGAGAGGUCGAAAACCGGGUCCUUCGUGUACGUGGGCGCGCCCCUCGGCACCGUCUUCGCCACCGCGACCUCCGGUCUGCUCCUAAAGUACUUCGACUGGCCGAUCGUCUUCUACUUCUUCGGCAUCCUUGGGGCACUGUGGUACGUCAUAUGGAUCGCCUUCUGUUACAACAGCCCCCGGGAGCACCCCUUCAUAUCGGACAAGGAGGCCCAAUACUUGGAGAACGAGUUGUGCGAGCACGUCCACGUGAACCCGCCCUCGGUGCCCUGGAGGGCGAUGCUCACGUCCAUGCCCAUGUGGGCCCUCAUAGCCGUGCAGAUAGGCCACGAUUGGGGCUUUUACACCAUCUCCUCGGAUCUGCCCUCGUACAUGGCCAACGUCCUCCUGUUCAAGAUCGACGAGAACGGUUACCUGAGCUCCCUGCCCUACGUCGGCAUGUGGCUGUGCUGCGUCCUCAUGUCGUGGCUGGCCGAUUGGCUGAUAGCCACCGACCGCAUGUCCAGGACUAACGUGAGGAAACUCGGGACGACCCUCGCGUCGAUCGGCCCGGGGGUGUUCAUCGUCGCGGCUUCGUACGCGGAGUGCGACAAAAAACUCGUGGUCGCCAUGUUCGUGGUGGGGGUCACGUUUUUGGGAUGCGGGAUCCCGAGUCUCAAGGUCAACGCCCUCGACCUGAGUCCGAAUUACGCGGGCACGGUGAUGGCGGUCAGCAACGGCUUCGCCGCCUGCACGGGGAUCAUCACUCCCUACUUGGUGGGCAAGAUCACGACGAACGAGAGACUCAGCGAGUGGCGCGUCGUCUUUUGGAUCAUUUUUGCCGUUCUCAUGGUCACCAAUGUGUUUUACCUGAUCUUCGCCAGUGGCGAGGUGCAACCGUGGAACGACCCCCAACUCGCGGAGGAUGAGAAAAACGACGACCGGAAAAGAAAGAAAAGCCAGGGCAGCGCGCAGUAGCGACUUUUGUUCCUCGAUAUAGAGUAUUUAUUUGCAUUGUAUACAUACUUCAUUCGA